AUGAUUCGUUGUGUUAAACGUUGUCUUCAGAAAAUUUUGAAGAACGUGAAGUUGACGUAUGACGAGCUUUUGACUGUUGUUGUGGAAGUGGAAUGUGUACUGAACUCGAGACCACUCACCUGUGUAUCCUCAGAGGAUACAGAGGAACCCCUUACGUCUUCUCAUCCAUUGACGGUUAGGGGAAUUCUGUACAUCCCUGACGAAUGUGCAACCGCUGACGAAGAUGAAACUGAUGUCCAACUCCUCACCAGAAGGCAGCGUUGUUUGUCUAAAUUGCUCGGUCAAUUGAUUCGGUCAAGUGAUAUUGUUACCGAAAUGGAAGAGGGGAAGUCAAAUCGCAGUACUUGGAAACUUGGAAGGAUUGCGGAGUUGCAUCCUGGAAACGAUGGUUUCGUUCGAGGAACUACUGUGGAGGUUGCUUCGAGCAGUGGCAAACGAAAACGCCUCAGACGACCCUUACAAAAAUUGUUUCCGUUAGAAGUUCGAGAAGUUGGGGGUACAGGACAAGUUCCAGCAAGGCCCGAGGAAAACACACAAAGGCAGAGGAGGAGAGCUUCCAUCACAGGAGAAGUUAGAAGACGAGAAGUCCAUCAGUCUCUUCAAGAACAGGAGAACUAA